GUGAUCUCCUGACAACCACUAGCAUCGAAGAUUCUAGUUCAUCUGAUAAAACUGGCUCUCACAAGGAAAAAAAUUCUAUUAGCUCAGCCAGAUUCUUCGGGGUGGAACUAACCCCCGAUAACAUUGCAGUUGCUAUGGUAUAUUUUGUUCAAGGUGUCUUAGGCCUCUCAGAUCUUGCUGUUAGCUAUUAUUUGAAAGAUGACCUACACCUAGACCCUGCAGAGACAGCUGUGAUAUCUGGUUUCUCAUCAUUGCCAUUGCUUGCCAAGCCGUUAUAUGGAUUCAUUAGUGAUUCCUUCCCACUCUUUGGAUACCGGAGAAGGUCAUAUUUGGUACUAUCAGGACUUUUUGGAGCUCUCUCAUGGUUUUUGAUGGCCACUUUUGUAGACAGCAAGUAUGGUGCAGCUUUCUGCAUACUUAUUGGUUCUCUUUCUGUUUCUUUCUCAGCUGUCGUUGUGGAUUCCAUGGUCGUUGAGCGGGCACGUGGUGAAUCCCAAAGCAUGUCAGGAUCUCUUCAGUCACUUUGCUGGGGUUCUUCAGCAUGUGGUGGAAUUGUCAGUUCUUACUUUAGUGGAUCCCUUGUGGAAGUUUAUGGUGUGAGGUCCGUCUUUGGUGUAACAGCAUUACUUCCACUGAUAACAUCUGUAGUAUCUUUACUUGUGAAAGAGGAGCCUGUACAUUGCCCAGCAAGGGGUCUCUCUUUAGGCAAUGACUUCUUUGAGAGUUCAAAAAGUAGCAUUAUCCAGUUAUGGGGAGCUGUUAAACAGCCUAAUGUUUUUCUUCCCACACUAUUUAUUUUCCUAUUUCAGGCAACACCACAGUCAGGUUCUGCUACGUUUUUCUUCAUAACCAAUAAACUUGGUUUCACUCCAGAAUUCUUAGGCCGCCUUAAUGUUGUUACUUCAGUUGCAUCACUUAGUGGUGUUGCGCUUUACAAUGGUUUCUUAAAGAAAGUUCCUUUAAGGAAAAUAUUCCUUGUGACAACUAUUAUUGGUUCAGCUCUUGGGAUGACACAGGUUUUGCUAGUAACCGGAUUGAACCGGAAGUUUGGCAUUAGUGAUGAGUGGUUUGCUAUUGGGGAUUCCUUGAUCCUAUCUGUUCUUGGUCAGGCUUUCUUCAUGCCUGCUCUUGUAUUAGCUGCAAGAAUAUGCCCACUGGGAAUGGAGGCAACUUUCUUUGCAACCCUUAUGUCCAUAGCCAAUGGGGGAAGUAUCCUUGGGGGACUACUUGGUGCAGGUCUAACUCACAUCUUUGGUGUCACCAAAGACAAAUUUGACAACUUGGCUCUCCUAAUAAUUAUCUGCAAUCUCAGCACCCUGCUGCCUUUACCACUACUUGGCCUUCUUCCUCGAGAUGAACCUGAUUCAGACGAGAAUACCAAUAUUGAGAUGACGCCUUAUUAAAUUCCUGCCUUUCUGCAUAUAAC